CCUUCUGAUGGAAAAUUGAGCCUUCAAAGGAAAUUAUAGUUCAAAAUGCAAUUAAUAACAAUCCCUUGAAUUUUAGACUGAAACAAAGGAGUAAAAUAGUUCAUUCACCCUUUCAAAGUGAACUAGGAUUUAUGUCCAAUUUGAAAUGAUCCAGUCCCUUUUGAAUGGGCCAUUUUUUGUUUGAUAUCUAUCCAAUUUCUUAAUAUAGGUUAUAAAUUGGACUAAAUUGACCCAAUGUAAUAAAUUAAUGGAUGAAAUUGGUAAAAUUGAAGCUACAUGACUAUAUUGAAACUAGAGAUAUAUCACAGGUAUAAUCUGUUUCAGGCUUUUCAUGAUGUUGCCACAUCAUUUUGACAUGAUUAGUAGUUUGAUUCUCUUUGUUUUUAGCGAUUACCAACUAUUGAAAACUACACCAAAUCCCAACUAUAGAAUUUAAGCUCCAAAUCUAUUUGUUAAAACCAAAUAAAAUCAAAAAAAGAGAAGCAUGUUACUCUAUCAACCUUUUUAGAGCUUUUCAGAGAAUAAAAGAUUAUUUUACUGAACCGAAAGACUUUCAAAAAAUAAAUCGAGUUUGAAAGUUUAUAUUAUGGCAAGACGACAAGCAAAGAAGCCUAUAUAAGCACAAGUUAUUUUACUGUACUGCGUCAUAUUAAAUAUGGGUGUGUGUACAUAUACAUAUAUAUGUUAUAUGUGGUACAAAUGCUUUAAAUUAUUGAGAAGUAUCUGCAGUUUACUUUCAAUCUAAUGACCAAACAUAUCAUGAGCCUGGAUCCUGGAAAGCAAGAGACAGAAGAGCUGAAGAAAGAGUACAUUACUUUCAUGAAAGGAGUUGUAUCUCCUCCUUUGAACUUGCCUGGAACACCAUACAGAAAAGCCUUGAAGUCUCGAUCAACAAUCCUUAAAUUCAUAGAGGAAAAAAUGGAAGAGAGGAUGGAGAAGAUGGGAGAAAAAACAGAGAAUUUGGAGGAUGAUGAUCUUUUGGGAUGGGCAUUGAAGCAUUCAAACCUCUCAAAGGAGCAAAGUUUGGACUUGGUACUGAGCUUGCUGUUUGCAGGCCAUGAGACUUCUUCUGUUUCCAUAGCUUUAGCCAUAUAUUUCUUGCAAGACUCUCCCAAUGUUGUUCAGCAGUUGACCAUUUCUAGAUCAAUUGGUGAUGUUUAUCUAAAGAAGGCUGAAUUCAACAGGGAGCCUUUGUAUGCUAAGUUUCGCCUCCGUGAACCUUUUAGAAGGCCAAUAUUAAGCGCUGAACCAUCAAUUUGUGUGCAUGAACUCCAACCAGAUGAUCGAUUUCUCAUAUUUGCUACUAAUGGAUUAUGGGAGCACCUUAGCAAUCAGGAAGCAGUAGACAUAGUACAAAAUCACCCUUGCAAUGGAAGUGCUCGAAGGCUGGUGAAAGCAGCGCUGCAGGAGGCGGCAAAGAAAAGAGAAAUGAGGUAUUCCGAUUUGAAGAAGAUUGAACGUGGGAUCCGGCGGCAUUUCCACGAUGACAUUACUGUCAUAGUUGUAUUUCUUGAUUUGAAUCUUGUGAGCAGAGCCAGCUCUGUCAAAGGCCCCACCUUGUCGUUGAGAGGGGGCGGUCUAAAUCUAUCUGCAAAAACUUUAGCUCCUUGUGCUCCCAGUACGGAACUUGGUACAACUUAAUGAAGUCGGUUGUGUAUCGUUCUUUUGAACGUCUUGUGAGAUUCGUGUUUGAUGGUAGAUUUCAGGAGGGGACAAGAGAGAAGGUUCUUGCUAGAACUAAUUCUUCAAUGUACAAUGUAACAUUUAACUUGAGACAGGUACUUUUAUUGAGUUUCUGAGAAUUUGAGGAAAAGAAAAAUGUAAGAAUCAGGUAAAGAGAACUUUUCUACUUACUGAUUUUCCGAACAUUUUUCGUUGUUCUGUUUCUUUCCUUGAGCUUUUUGUGGUUAUGUAAAUUAUACGAAAUUACAACCCUGGAAAUCAAAAUCUCUCUUCUUGUGGCAUUA